GGGAAUUGCGCCCGGUGCGGCCGCCAGGGAUGGCGGCGUCAAGUGGGGCAGGCGCUGGUGGAGGUGGCGGAGAGGCUGGUGGCCGCGGCGAGCCCGGCGGAGCUGUGGUCGCGGCCGCUGGAGCCCCGCGUCGGGGCGUGACCGUCAUCCCGAAAGGCGGAGCUCAGGAUUCUAAAAGCCUAAGACUGCUUUCUUUGUAAUUAAGAGAACUUUGACAAGAAGGUCAUACUCUGGGGAGGCUUUGGAGGAACAAUGUAAAGAUUCCCAGGCUCUAACAUACAGAAUCUGAUUCAGUAUAUCCAGGUUUGGGCCUAGGACUCUGCAGUGUCACAGUCACUUGGAAAUACGUUGUAUUGCUUAAGUCUGGAAAAGACGAGUUUUUAUCCUUUUCUUCCUUCCAUAGCUGUCACCAUGACCCUGACAAAAGGUUCCUUCACCUACUCCAGUGGGGAGGAAUAUCGUGGAGAGUGGAAGGAAGGCCGCAGACAUGGUUUUGGUCAACUGAUGUUUGCAGAUGGUGGCACCUACCUGGGUCAUUUUGAGAAUGGGCUCUUUAAUGGCUUCGGGGUACUGACCUUCUCAGAUGGCUCAAGGUACGAGGGGGAGUUUGCCCAGGGCAAGUUUAACGGCGUCGGAGUCUUCAUUCGACAUGACAACAUGACAUUUGAAGGGGAAUUUAAAAAUGGCAGAGUAGACGGUUUUGGCCUGCUGACUUUCCCUGAUGGUUCUCAUGGAAUACCCCGCAAUGAAGGUCUGUUUGAGAACAACAAGCUGCUGCGGCGUGAGAAGUGCUCGGCGGUCGUCCAGCGAGCCCAGAGUGCCUCCAAGUCAGCCAGAAAUCUCACUGCCUGAUGGGCGUUGUGCACCAGCUGACAAGCACUGGGCAAAGCCAUGGCCCCGUCACUCACUCGAGGUGUAUAAAUGAACCAGAUGUGAGUGGAGAUGAGAAUCCCCACAGAGCAGAAGCCUUGAGAUGUGCCCCAUCACCUGCGAGGCAGGGAUUCAAUCAGACAGUCGUGAGGACUCUGGCCCCACCUUGGUGGCCCACAGCAGGGUCACCAGUUCUGUCUCUGCUUCUCUCGCUGGUUCGUAUUCUCUGUCCCUAACGCCUCAGGUUGACCAGUGCAGACCUGCUUCUACUUGAUCUCCUGCCAAGGGACACAGGAUCUCUUCAUUCUGCCUGUAUUUGGGGCAGAUGAUCCUAGCCCCAAUUAGGGCUAGUGCUUUGUGUUACCCUGGAGAAACAGAAAGAUGGGGGUGGCUUAGACAGCUCAGCAGUCCUAGGAAAGUCAAAGCCAGUGCUUUUCCAUGUGUCACCCCCUUGUUUGCUGCUGGUUGGCUUCAUGGCCCUAGGCCUUCCACUUCUCCCACCAGGUUGGUAUUUGUGUCUGCUUAGUUCCCCUGUGAAGGGUUCGGUAAGAGUGCUGUUUCCCUCUCCUGUGACUGUACAAGCUGUCUUCCUUACCUGAGUUCCAGCAGCUAGUCUGUGCCCCAUUUGUGCCUCUCUCCUUCCUUAGACACAGGACAGGAUCCCUUUUGGGGAUAGUCAAGAAACUGUUUUGAGGAGUCAUCUCAUCACAUGUAUUUAUUCCUUACUCCAGGGCAGAGGGCAGACAUUUCUGGGCCACAUCAGGCUCUACCAUGGAGUGACUGAAUCCUUAGGGAUGGCUUUGGCUGACACAGCCCCUUCCCAGUGGGUCAGUAGGCCAGACCCACCUCCACCCCUUGGAGUUUGGGGAGAACUGGACCUAUACUAGGAUUGCAGUGAACCAAAAGAGAAUUUGGCUCCUUACAUUUGGUUCACUGUUAACUCUUCCACCACAAGGCUGACCAUCAGGCCUGGAGGUCAGAUCUUGAUGGAUGGGAUCCCUACAUAGUUCAUCACGGAGGCCUCCAGUUCUCCUGUGACCCAGACAUGCCCACUCCACUCCCAGCCCCCCAUCCUCACACUGAAUGUCUCCUCAAUAGCAGAUUGUGGUGGAAAUUAUAGCCGUGUGCCUCUAUUUAUUCUCUGAGUUGUACUGUAGAAACAUGUUUAUUAGGAAUAAACAAAAUCACCAGAACUGCCUA